AAGAGCUUUAAAAGGAGAGGGACAGGCCGUUUCACUCAGAACCUCUUCUAGGGAGGAACUGCCCCUACUCUGCUGCCAUCUGUAGGCAAAACGGUCAUCUUCUGUGGGUGGACCAGUGGCAAUUUACAAGUGCAGCAAAAUGUCUCGGAUGCUAGCCGUGCUGUUAGCGGUCCUGGUGACCACGGCCGCGACGACCAACCCGUCUCCCCACCGCCUGGCCCGCCGCUCCGCCCCGUCCGAGGACGAGGUCCGCCUGCAGAGGCGAGCCAACCUUAUGGCGCUCCUAGAAGACGACGACAAUGGCGCUAGUGAGGCCACUGACACACCAGUACUGGGUCUGAGUCUCACAGAGGAGGAAGCCGACGCAUUGGUGAAGUGCCUCGUAGACCCGGUAGGCGGCCUUCGGGGACAACUACACACUGGUGGUGGCUUUCACAGGCCACGCUCAGGCCGGGGGGAACGAGGGGACCGGGAGAAGAAGGCUUUAGAUUUGUCCAGUCUUGCCCAAUCGCUUCGGACGAUGGGCUCGAGGAAGGCCGGGAUCAUCCUUCGCUUCGGAAAGAGGGACGAAGACGAGGGGGGAGAACACUAGUCUUGCGGCCAAUAUCUAAGCUUUCUGUUCACUAAAUACGGAGAGAGAUUACGUACAAACAUAUGCACGGCUCGUUCUCUGCCAAGAUGAAUAAUUGAAAUUAAUAAGUGCAUAAUUUGAUGACUGGAAUUGUGAAGCGCAUUAUCGGCAGAAGAUAAUUUCAGUAGAGACAACAUUGUCUGGAUUGUACAACAGUAGAAAUAGAUAUGUCCUCGUCCAUAUCAUUUAAUGGCUUUUCAGCCUCAGAAUAAGGUCAGAGAUCACAUAGAACCUGUGCUGAAUAAAUGACUAGAAUGGUAACAAUAA